UAUAAUGGGGGUGGGGUAAAGAAAAUUAACAAGACAAAAGAAAUGUUAAUUUAUCACUUGACUUUGUAACAUUGGAAUUUAUUAUUAAUAUUUUUUUUUACAAAUAAUAAUGUGCUGCUUCUUUAAUAUUUUUUUGUUAUUAUUAUAAUAUUUAUGAAAAAGAUAAUUCUUUAAAGAAAUAGUUUUUUAUUGACUAUGAAAAAUGAUUUUGAUUAAAGGUGGUUUUUUUUAUGGUUUUUCGAUAUAUUCCGGAUAUCGAAAGGUCGCACAUUUUACUUUUGUUUUACUUUCACCGGAACUACGUUCCGUGGAUCGUCUGAUUUGUCAACAUUGAGACUCAGAUAACAAAUUUUGAGAGGUGAUUUCUACAUAGAUGUGAAUUAGUUACCGAAACUGGGUGUCCUGAUUGUCAUACCAAGUCAUGCACUUAGUGAUUGUCAAAUUAUGACGCUUGAACCGGCCUCCAUUGGGUCACACCGGGAGGCUUUGGUGGUAACCCCCUGGAAAAACUGUCAACUCUGUUCCCUCCAGUUUAAGUCGCCGCGGGAAUUUUCUCGGCACCUGAGGGAAUUUCAUUGUUCCAAAGAAGGGGGUUCUUAUGUUUGUAGGUAUGGCCUUAAUAACAUAUGCCCCUCGCUGCCUCUAGAAGGCGUCAGUGACAUGGAUUAUGAAAAUCAUAUAGCACGAGACCACGUUCAGACCUCGGGGAGAAAGAAAUCAGAGAUCCGAGAUGACCAGUCUCUAGUUGUGUCACCACCAGGUGCUAUUCCCUCAGUUGUUCAUGACCAGCAUCGGUGGACUGUGUUCGACUCCAAAGUGAACCUCCCUGCUGCUCUAAAUGAUCCCUUAAGGGUUAAAAGGGAGACUGACUUCUUCACCAAGACCUGGGGCCAGGAAUUCUAUGAGAAGUUGUAUGUUCCAGAGUCACGCUAUCUUCCAGAAUUGGACAGGAGAUUUUUUGAAAAAUAUAAGCACAGAAUUUCAAAGAGAUACAGAAAGUAUGCCAGAUACAAACAUCAGAUUGACCAAGAAGCUCCUGGUGGAGAAACAUUUCUGCAACAGAUGGAGAAGAACAGAGCUGAACUUCAGCAGUUACCAAAGUUGUUCAUGCUUUCAAACUUUGACUUGGAAAAUACAGACACCUUCAAUGCUGUUUUUCCAUGGUCACAAGUUGAGGAAUGCAAGAAAAAUGGAGGGUCACCCCAAUCAUCUAAACUUCUGCAAGAGAAGUUGAGCCAUUAUCUUGACAUUGUUGAAGUCCACAUAGCCAAACAGAUUUCCACCAAGUCUGAUGCCUUCUUCCAGGCCGUUUCAUCACAUGACGUCAUGCAGGACUACAUGCUGAAUACUUGUCAGACUAUUAAACAGCUGAGGGAUAAAAUUCACAGCAUUGAUGACCUCUUGACCCUUGGGUCAUUGAAGAUUAUGAAGUUAACACAGACAAGAGCAAACUAUGUCAAUCUUCACAAUAAGCUAAAGCUGAUGGCUACAGUCCACCAGACCCAGCCCACCAUACAGCUGCUUCUGUCCACACAGGAGUUUGUGGGGGCCCUAGAUCUCAUCUCCACCACCCAGGAGGUCCUCACUCAGGAACUGGCCGGGGUACACAGCUUCAGACACCUGGGAUCUCAGCUGGCUGAGCUAGAGAACAUCAUAGAGAAGAUGUUACAGGAGGAUUUUGGGAAAUGUGUGUCCUCUGAUCUCAAUCGUCCUGUCACCGACAAGGAACAUCUUCUGGAAGAGGAGAAGAUUGUCUCCCUUGUAUUUGGAAUGCUCAGGAAGAGCCGCUUCAACUUUGUGGAUGUGUACAGAGAGGAGGCAUUUACAGCAGUCAAGGCCAUUGUCAAACAGACGGUUGUGGAGGCAGUGUCUGAGGCAGAGAAUGUUGACAGUGAGGACGGAAAUGUCACCAGUCUGGCUGACCAGAUGAGAAUGCUGAAUUAUCCCCAGUGGAUGACCCUUCUCAGGAAAAUCUUCUCUAGUUUGUUGGUGCAUCUCAACAGGACAAAGACAUUCCAUGGUGUCAUCAGUGAUGUUAUUGGGAUAGCGGCCGGGAAGACUCAGGUUCCCAGCCCCCUACCAUCCCCCACACGGGACGACUGCCCCCUGAGUGAGGCCGCCCACCUCCAUGUAUCGGUGAGUGAAGAGGCAGCUGAUGUAAUGAUCACAGAGGCAGAGUAUGUCACGGUCCAGACCAGCCUGAAUGAAAUGCUGUGUGCUGUGUGUGACCAUGCCCACGAUCGAUGUGUCAAGGUCAUUGUAGCCAGGGCCAAGGACGGAUUUUUGGAGCGCUUGUCUUCCAGUGAAUUUGUGGGUUUGUCACGAGAGGUCGAAAAAUUUGUCACGGAUUGUGAAACUAUCAGUGGUCGACGAUGCAUGUCACUCCGAUUUAGUCUACAGUCACAGGCAACCAAGUUUGUAAAUAGAUUCCAUGAGGAGAGAAGGACAAAACUCAGCCUGAUUUUGGACAAUGAGCGAUGGAAGAUGGCUGAUGUCCCUGCAGAAUUCCAGGAUCUUGUCAAUCACAUCGCACAAACAGGUGUAUUGAGUUUACCAGAAAGAGCAUCUGAAUCAGACAAAGGCCCUUCAGAAGUGCUGCUUGUGGAGGAGCAGACUUUUGCUGUUGUAGGCACAGUGUUGAUGCUGCUGAAGAUGAUGGUAGAAUACUGUCAGUGUGUAAACGACAUUCCAUCAGCAGCACCUGACCUGAUGUCUAGACUGGUGGACCUCUUCAAAAUUUUCAAUUCAAGAACUUGUCAGUUGGUGCUGGGUGCUGGUGCCCUUCAACUCGUGGGACUAAAAACAAUCUCUACAAAAAAUCUAGCCCUAGCAUCAAGAUGUUUACAGCUUGUCGUACACUUCAUUCCAAAAGUCCGUCUUCAUUUUGAGGAGAGACUGGCAUCUAAAAAUAAAGCAAUGCUCAAACACUUUGACCAAGUACAGAAGGACUAUUGUGAUCACAUUAAUGAAAUAACCAACAAACUUGUCAGUGUCAUGGAGGGGGUUAUAGCUCAACAACUGUCAAAGUGGGAGGUGAAAGCUCCUAUGCCCUCCAUAUGUUUCAGGUCAAUCUGUAAGCAGAUCAGUAAGAUGCAUGAGGCUGUCCUUGACAUUUUAUUGCCUGAUCAGAUCAAGGAACUCUUCACUAGAAUCAAUGGUUGUUUUAAGAAGUUGGUUGGUCAACAGCUGAACAAUUUAGAAGUUUCCAAAAAUGGAGGGCCACAGCAUGGGCUGGUGAUGUCGGACCUUGCAUUUUACUCUGGAACAUUUAAGACUUUACGAGGAUUAGAGAGUUUAGCACAGGAUAUGAAUGAUGUGUGGGAGAAAAGGUGACAGCGCCCCCUACAAACUGAUUGUCAUUACAGUACCCCAACAGACUAUGAAGCACCCACUACUGGCACUGAUUAUCAUUACACAAUCCAACCAUCAUUAUUUCUCUGUGUGCAAUAAGUCAUCUUUAUGUAUAAGGCAGAGCACACCCAGGUGUUAUACAUUUAUAAUGGCAUUUUGGGGAAAACCUAACUUAUAUUUUUAUGCAUUUUACAAGACUAUUAUUUUCUGAUGUCUGUGAUUUCUAAGACUGCAUGCCAGUAAAACCUAUACAAAUAAUAAAGAUUAUUUAUUGACCAUGUUUAUAAA